AUGUUGUCGGAUACUACCAUCUCCGACACGGGACUCGGGCUGGGCCUACGCUACCUCGACCUCAAGGAGGUUGAUGACCACGACGACGUUCCGCUUGGUGUUCACGUCGUCGACGAUGAGAAUGAUGAAGAGACGACGCUGGGCAACCCCCCUCGAAGAAAAGAUGCCUCCACACCGCCACCUCACAUCUCAUCGCCUUCCAUCCCUUCGCCCAUGAGCCUGGGUCAUCUCGGCAUCGUGCCACUGACGCCACUGGGGAAGCAGCUCGCCGCCUCGCUGGGCAGGACCCCAGAGACGCCACUGAGAGGUUCUGACAGGGAUGCAUCGAGUGAUCACGGCAGCGGCCCACGGGGUUUGGCCGACGAGGAGCUCACUCAGGGAUCCAAGGUGCAGCUCAUCCAGCGCCUCACCGCGCUCACCCAGAAGCUCGCCCAGGGCAGUGAUGUUCCUGACCAGAUCACCCUCGACCUCCUGCUUCGACGCGUGGACGAGAUUGAUCGUGUCGUGGAUGGCCAUCCUCCCAGCGCGCCCUUCCGACCGCACCUCACAUGCCGGCCCACUGGUAGUAUCGACGAACGAGGCAGCUUCUUCGGUUCGCCCUCCUCGUCGUGGAUGCACUCUCGCUAUUCGAGCCUCUCUCUGUCCGUGAGAGCUGAGCGCCCCAAAACGCCCGAACCUGUCGUGAAGAAGCCAGACGUCGACUCAUUCAAGAUUGCCUCAGAGGCCGAGAAGCUCACCGCCGAACUUGACACACUCGUGGCGAACCUCAAGGCUCGGCAGGAAGAAUCAGAGCACAUCCAUGACCUCCUCGUCACCCGCGCCGAGCGUGCCGCCCAGCGCAUCAUCUUCCUCCAGUCCCGUGUCCAGGACCUCGAGGCCGAGCUGCACGACUCUGACACUGAUCUCUCACACCUCCGUCUCGGCCUAAAGGCCAUCGAGGUCCAGUGCCCGCGCGAUUUCCUCGCCACCCACGCCGCCGUCGAGCUCGCUCAAAGUAUUGCCAACUGGAAGGCCGACUAUGCCGCCCUCAAGCAGCGACGCGCCGCCCGCCGCAUCGCCGCCACGCCUGGUGCGUCUUCCACCCUCGUGACGCCGGCGCGGGAUUACAUUUCCCACCAUGCUGCCACGCCGUCGUAUCAGAGUUCGAUUGCGCCGUCGUACCAGACGUCCAUCGCACCAUCGUACGAGAGCCCCAUCGCGCUCUCGCCCUACCAGAGCGCCGCCGGCCCCUCCCCCCUCUCCCACACCUCUGCCUCCCUUGUCACCCCUACCCGUGACACCUUUAGUCGCUCUAGUAGUGGCGGCGGCGGCGGCUUUCCUUUCGGCACCGCCUUCACACCCCCACACCCGGCCGCCGCAGAAGCGCCGCCCGAGACGCCGAGGAGCGACGCCUCGUCGACCGCCACGCCAGAGAGCUACACCCCCAGCGUAGCCGCCUCCUCGUCGCGCACCUCAGCGCGCUCGGUGCGCGUGCGCAAGCUGUCGAGGCUCAACGGGACGCCGAGACGGAAGCUGGAGUAUGGGGGCCACGGCGGCGGCUACCGCGAGCGGUACUGA